UGUCGGACGCUCGGACCCCAUUCAAUACGCCAGACAACCCCUGGUUCUGAUGCUACUAGGCUUCGAGUCUUUUACUUCGUGUGAUUAAUCAGUCCUCUGGGGCCGCAUUCCUGGCAAGGGUCGCUGCGACUUCGCGGGCCCUGCAAUGGCUCACCGCGCCAAUUGUAUGGCUUGCUUUGGAUCAGCGCUUCUGUCAUGAACAAUAUGAGCAUCUGAACGUUCAUGCUUUCGCCGGCAUCGGGCGUUGCUGGGAUGGACAUUGACGCGUUCGACUUGCUUGAGGACCUCAUCGGCAGUGACAGCGACGCGCCAUGGGACAGCUGCGACGGCGAGGCGGACAGACUCCUAAAUUUCGUUGCUUCCGGCUUAGGAACAGCAGAAGAUAAGCAGCAGCAAGGUCAGGGACAAUUCCGGAAAGCUCCGGAAAGUGCUGACGAUAACACGUUCGGCCUUGACGAAUUGAGCGACGUUGACUGGUCGGCCAUCUGCGACGGAAGCAAUCUCACCUCACCUCCCCAACACAGCUCUCAUGGUCCCAGCCAGCGAAUGCAUUCAAAUUCCCCCUUGGGAUCCGCCUCCGAACUUCCAUGGCAACCCGCAACAUCGGCAGCACAGCGUCAGCCACCACCCUCACUUCCAAUUGCACCAAUUCCAGCCAGUACUUCUACACCAGCUGUGGUUCCAAAGGCCGCUGCCAAUCAUGACCGGAUGGCCUCAGCCACCAACUCCUCACCUGCUGUGCCUGUCGGGGCUUCCCUAUCCACGACCUCUCAACCUCUCUCGCUUCUGCAGCCAGCUGCAGCUGUCGGUUCCGCUGCAUCAACAAUUACCCCUGAGGCUUCCGGGCCAGUAGCCGCUCCAGCUCCUGCUGCUCACCUGGCACCCCGGGGCCACGUCACCUUAACCGCACCUGCAGCUCUGUCCCUAGGCAGCAGCAACCCAGCAGCUAGGCCGCCCAGUGCAUGUCCCGAUCCAUUACCACCACCACCGCCGCCGCCCCCACAACAGCAGCAGUCACUGCCGCAAGCGGCCGCACUGCCCCAACCCUCUCAGCUCCCACCCAGGCAGCUGACCCGUGCUGCCGCCGCAGUGGCUGCUGCCGCCUGGUUGCGCCUGCCGCCUCCGGACCUGGUAGCCAUGGGGCUCCUCCCGCCCGACCACCCCUACCGGCCCUCCACCCGGCCGCGGUCUUCACGCUUGUUGCAGCCACCGCCGCCGCCGCCACCGCAGCAGCUACCGGUACCAGUAGUGCCAGCCAGCGCCCCUGGGCCGACAGGACGGAUGCAGGAGGCGACUGGCGGAGGACCUGGCGUUCCGCCUGUCACCCAGCCCAUGCUGUCAUUGCCCAUGGCACCGUUGCUGCCGCCGUCACCAUGUCAGGAGGAGCAGCAGCAGCAGCUGCAUGACAGGAAGCAGCAGCAGUCAGGGGAGUCGUCGGCUUCCAUGCAGACGGAGGAGGCGGGUGAGUUCCCGGAUGCCGACGCCGUCACGGCUGAUGACACGCUUAUGGACGAGCUGCUGUCCAUGAGCUCAGCGGAGCUGCGGCUGGUGCUGGAGCCGCCGGGAGGGGCGGGAGACGACC